CGUUCACACGUUUCCCGUCAUCCACUUGGCUACCCGGCUCGUAGUCAAGCGUCGUACGCCGCACGGUGCGUAUCGUGUUUGGUCACGUAUCGUAUGUUACGUUUAGUAUCGCGAACGAGCCGGCCCGCAACCGUUUCCUCUUGAUUAUUUGCGCGUUCGAUAAACGUGUGUAUAUAUUGUUGUGUGCGCGCGCGAGAAAGAAAGAGAAGGAGAAUCCUUCGAAGGUAGUGCUCUCCAUCGACAAGUGUUUCUCCUCGUUGUUCCUGUGAGAGAGAAAGAAAGGGAUUGAGAGAGAGAGAGGGAGAGAGAAAGACAGAGUGUGCGAGAUAGUAUCUCGUUAUCCGACAGUUAGGCGACUACUCGAAAACUUGGGAUUACGAGGAAAGUGUGAGAGAAAGGGAAAGAGAAGGGAGAAGGGCGAAGAGAAAGAACGAGGGAGGGAGGGAGGGAGCAAGCAACGACGUUGUGAUUUAUUUCUUGCCAUCGAGGAGAAAGAAGGCAGUGCAACGUAAGUUAAAAGUUUCGUGGAGGAUCAAAAAGAAGAAGAAGAAGAAAAAAGAAAGAAAGAAAGAAAAGAAAAGAAAAGAAAAGAAAAGAGAGAAGGAAAAUAAAAGCGCGAAUAGAGAAAGAGAAAUAUCAAAGACACGGGGUGUUUUAUAAGAGUGAGAUAUUUUAUUACCGCGUAUCGCGAGUUAAAAGGAGGAGGAGUGGAAGUAGAAGGAGUAGUAAUAGUAAGAAGAAGAAGAAGAAGAAGAAGAAGAAGAAGAAGAAGUAGCUUAUAUACCCGAAAGAUAGAGAUAUAAUGUAUUGUGUUACGUUCUAACGAUCUAACGUGACGAGAAGAGAAAAUCUAGUGGAUAUUAGCAGGAAGGUGAAGGAGGAGAAGGAAGACAAGACAGAAGGGGGGAGUAAAAUUAGGAAGAGUAAAGGAACGAAAUAGCUAAUGGAAUUCAUUGAUGAUUCUCAAGAUGAUGCCAAGAAAAUUCGAACUGGAUAAUGGAGUACACGAAGUGACCGUAGAAGAAGGACGCUCCGUUAACGUGUGACUUGUGGAAAAUUAGCCGAGUACAAUUAAGAUGUACCCCGCGCCGGCGAGACACCCAGCCGCUCCCGGCGGCGGAGGAAGCGGCGGGGCUGCGGGAGGGCUGAAAUUCACGGUGGCCGACACUUGUGAAAGGAUCAAAGAGGAAUUCAAUUUCAUCCAGCAACAGUACCAUUCGUUAAAACUCGAAUGCGAAAAGCUGGCCAGCGAAAAGACCGAAAUGCAGAGGCAUUAUGUCAUGGUAAGACACUUUUACUACGAGAUGUCGUAUGGCCUCAACGUGGAGAUGCAUAAACAGACGGAGAUUGCUAAGAGGCUGAACGCGAUAAUUGUCCAAUUGUUGCCCUUCUUGGCGCAAGAGCAUGGCUUACAGCAUCAGCAGCAGGUGGCGAACGCGGUGGAGAGGGCGAAACAAGUUACCAUGUCCGAGCUGAACGCGAUCAUUGGGCAACAACAACAACAAGGACUCCAGCAGUUGUUGCAACAAAUUCAUGCGCAACAACUGCCGCAUGGUGCGGUAGUUGGUGGACUUCCACCUGGUGGAUUAUUGGGUUUCGCGGGUGCGGCAGCCGCAGCGGCUGCUGCAGGAGUACCUCCUCAUCUGGCCCCACCGGCCCAUCCAGCGGCUGCGGCCGCAGCGGUUCAGGCACAGGCUCAGGCCCUUCUUAAACCUGCGGAUUUGCAGCAACAUCGUGCAGCCGCGGAAACGCCCGAAGAUCGUAAACCGAUAGCUCUAACCGAUGAGAGACUUCGACAAUCGGUUUCACCUCCUGAAAAGUUUCGUACUCGCACGCCUGACCUUGAAAGUGAUCCUAAAAGGCGGAAGGAAGAAAAGCUCGGUCACGAUAGCGACGGCGAGAAAAGCGAUCAGGACUUAGUCGUUGACGUGGCGAACGAGGAAGGAUCGUCGCCGCAUGCGAAUGGCGAGCAUUCGGAUCCACGAGAAAACGGUACCCUAGAGAAACAUGGAGCAACGGGUCACAUCGGUGGACCAGCUUCGGGAGUAGGUUCGACCUCGGUCAAGGACAGGCCACCUUCGCGAAGCGGAAGUUCUUCCGCUCGUAGUACGCCGUCUCUGAAAAGUAAAGAUAACAUCGCGGAACUAACAAUUCAGGUCGACAAACCGGGUACACCUGUGGCGGCGGCGAGGGGCUCGCGCAGUUGUACGCCAACUAUGGGCGGCAUCCCUGGGCCCUUGGCAUCGCGGGUCUAUCAUCCGCCAUCGUCGCAGCAAACGCCACCACAGGGUUAUCAGGGCUUGCCAUCCCGCGGCAAUGAGCCGUCGCAGUCGCCCUCGCCCUACAACAACUUGCCCUACGCCAGACCAUCCAUGGUGACUUUCGAUCCCAUCAAUCUCCUCGGUUUCGACGGUCACGUGAGGAUACCCUCGAGUAACGGACUGAGCAGCAUUCCGGGUGGCAAACCAGCGUACUCCUUCCAUAUGAACGGCGAGGGCCAACUGCAACCAGUAUCUUUCCCCACGGAUGCUCUCACAGGACCAGGUAUACCUCGUCACGCGCGUCAGAUCAACACUUUGACUCACGGUGAGGUCGUAUGCGCGGUCACGAUCUCGAAUCCAACAAAAUACGUUUACACCGGUGGCAAGGGUUGCGUCAAAGUCUGGGACAUUGGUCAAGGCAGCAGUAUUAGCGCUAAACCUGUCUCGCAAUUGGACUGUUUGCAGCGCGACAAUUACAUCAGGUCGGUGAAGUUACUGCCAGACGGUAGAACGUUGAUAGUAGGCGGUGAGGCGAGUCAACUGAGUAUCUGGGACCUGGCCAGCCCAACGCCGAGGAUCAAGGCCGAGUUGACCUCCUCAGCGCCAGCCUGUUACGCCUUGGCCAUCUCGCCGGACUCGAAGGUCUGUUUCAGUUGCUGCAGCGACGGUAAUAUCGCCGUCUGGGAUCUCCAGAAUCAAACGUUGGUCAGACAGUUCCAAGGACACACGGACGGAGCCUCUUGCAUCGACAUAUCGGCCGACGGCUCGAAACUCUGGACCGGUGGCCUCGACAAUACCGUAAGAUCGUGGGAUCUAAGAGAAGGAAGGCAACUUCAGCAACAUGACUUCACAUCCCAAAUAUUCUCAUUGGGAUACUGUCCUACCGGCGAAUGGCUCGCUGUCGGCAUGGAGAACUCUAACGUCGAGGUUCUUCAUGCCACAAAGUUGGACAAAUAUCAGUUACAUCUGCACGAGUCCUGCGUUCUAUCCCUUCGUUUCGCUUCAUGCGGCAAGUGGUUCGUUUCCACCGGCAAGGACAAUCUGCUCAACGCUUGGCGCACGCCUUACGGCGCCUCGAUAUUUCAAUCGAAGGAAUCCUCGUCGGUUCUGAGCUGCGACAUCUCUGCCGACGACAAGUACAUUGUGACUGGAUCCGGCGACAAGAAGGCCACUGUCUACGAAGUGAUUUACUACUAGACGUAUGUCUCCCGGCAAGAACCUACAUUUUCUCUCUUCGUUACGGCUCGAACUACACCGGUAUCCGCUGUUCCCUUUCGUUCCUUUCAUUUCUUUCUUUUUAUUUUCCUUUCCUUUCCUUUCUUCUCUUCUCCUCCAUCGCCAUCACCAUCACUAUCGUCAACUUCCAUUCCUCUUUCGCUUCCUCCUCUUCCUCCUACGCUUCCUCCACCUCCUUCACCUCUUCUUCUUCUUCUUCUUCUUCUUCUUCUUCUUCUAUCAGUUUCUUUCUCUCAUCGAAAGAAGAAACACGUCGCAAGUGAGAAAGUUUUAGAAGCCUUAGGAAAACUAGACUGUUACUACUGUGUAUAUAUAUAUAAGAAUCUAUAUUGCUAUAGAGAAACAAUGUUUAAAGAGGAGAUACUCAAUGUAUAAUGUGAUACGAAGUCUCUCUCAAAGUGUGUGUGCGAACGUAUAAAACGCGUGCGUGCAUGACCCAACCGUGUGAGAGUAUACUUUAUGCAGAUGUGAUUAUACCUAGAAAACGAACUCCUGUCGCGCGUGUACAACGACGAUAAAACGUGUUAAAUAGAACGUUUCCGAGCGGUUCACGUGUCCGUGAAGUAAAAGACACAAAACAUUCUUGCGAGUGACGAACGAUACGUUGAAAAUAUAUGAUUUUAUAUAGAGAUACGUAAAAUAAUAGAGAAAGAGUGAGAGAGAAAGAGAGAGAGAGAUAGAGAGAGAUCGAUAUAUAUAUAUACAUAUACAUAUAUAUACAUAUAUAUAUACAUAUAUAUAUAUAUAUAUAUAUAUACGCCCGAAUCGGACGGCCAAUUUAAAGGUGACGAAUCUAUAAUCUACCUACGAAAAUUGCAUUACGCUUUCAGCCGUUAAUACGACGAUAUAAUUGUAAAAAUCGUUUCCAAUGACUUUUACAACUUUUACAGUCACUAAUAACGUUAAGAGUGAUGAUUUGCGAAAUCAGUGUAUGAUGGCAAUCGGUGAUUAAACGCGUUUCACUUUA